AUGGCAAGCUUUGUGACGCCAACUCUGUUUCCUUGGCUCAUAGCAGCGUUUCUUGUUGGCUACGCCGUGAGGACAUAUUACAGCUAUCAGAGACUGAGCCACUUUAAAGGGCCUCCUGUGGCUGCCGUGUCCAGUUUCUGGCUUGCAUGGCAGGCCGUCAACGCUCGAAUGCCUGUUGCCCAAAAGGAGGCCCUAAGAAGAUAUGGAUCGCCAGCAAGGAUAGGUCCCAGCUUGCUGGUGACUGAUGACCCUGAGUUAUUGAGGCACAUGAGUGCGCCCAGAUCAAAAUGGACUCGCGCAGCCUGGUACGACGGGAUGAAGCUGGACCCCAGAGUCAACAACAUUUUCUCCGAGCGGGACGAGCGACGGCAUGCCGAGAUGAGGUCAAAGAUGACAGGCGCAUACUCAGGCAAGGAGGUCGAGACACUUGAGUCUGAUAUCGACGAGAACCUGCAAAGACUGCUGACGUUGAUCAAGCAAGAGUACAACGGCAGGCCACUUGACAUGGCUCUUUUGGCAUCCUAUUUCACUUUAGACGUGCUGAGCCAGAUUGCGUUUGGCGAUGCUUUCGGCUUUGUCCAGGCUAACGAGGAUCUCUACGACUUCAAUAAGCUGGCCAACGAGAAGUUCAGCAUCAUUGAGUUGAUUGUCAACCACGACUUUCCCCGAAGGUUAAUCCAGAGCCAACUGAUGCAGAAGCUUAUGGCACCCAAGGGCACAGAUAAAUUCGGCCAGGGCCGUAUAAUCGGGAUCGCGCAAAAGGCCGUUGCCGAACGAUAUCGCCCCGACGCCAAGAUCAAACGAGACAUGCUUGGCCAUUUCAUUGCCAAAGGACUCAGUCGGACGCAAAGCGAGGCGGAGUCUCAACUUCAGAUCAUUGCUGGAUCUGACUCAACUGCCGGAGCGCUGCGGAUAACAAUGAUGAUGUUGGUCGGCAAUCCUGUGGCGUACGGUAGGCUCGUUGCAGAUGUGGACCAGGCAAUCGCGGACGGCAAGAUCUCGUACCCGAUUGUCCGGUACAGCGAGGCUCUGGAAAUCGAAUUUCUGACCGCCUGCAUUUGGGAAGGUAUCAGGCUGUAUCCACCCCUGUUUGGGCUACAAACCAAACUCGCACCCCCGGAAGGAGAGACUGUGAACGGAGUUUACUACCCUCCCGGAACCCAAGUCGCAUUCUGCUGCGAAGGCGUCGGACGGCGCAUGGAUAUCUUCGGAGAAGAUGCGGACCUAUACCGGCCUGACCGAUGGCUACAUCCUGAUGCUAAGGUUCGAGCGGAGUAUCUGAGGACGACGGACUUGAUGUUCGGUAGUGGAAGGUUUGGGUGCUUAGGGAAGAACAUUGCGAUGAUGGAGCUACACAAAGCAUUUGUUGAGCUGCUGCGAAACUUCGACUGGGCUCUUGCCGACCCGAUCAAGGGUGCCAUCUCCAUCGCCCAUGGCAUCUGGGUCCAGGAAAAGAUGAUGCUUGUAGCGUGGCCAAGACGGAUCUGA